AGGAAGACGCGCCGCGUCGAAGGAAUGCAGGGGGACGAGAGGAGGGUCAGGGGGAUGGGGUGGAGGUAUAAAUAGGGCAGAGCCUGGUGCCCGAUUAGCGGACACACGCAAACGCACACUCGGUGUAGCGUAGGGAGCACGGCGCACUCCUCGGGCCCCGAAGCAGGAGACGCCCCUGGGAACGGGGACCGGGAGACGACCUUGAGCAGGCGCCUCUUGGACUCGACGACUCGCACGGAGAGCGGCAGGACGGCGUCGGAGACACGAUGGACUUCCAGUCCAACAUCAUCCAGGAGUCCAGAUCCAUGGAGAGCCUGGAGAAGCAGCUCAUCUGUCCCAUCUGCCUGGAGAUCUUCUCCAAGCCUGUGGUGAUCCUGCCCUGUCAGCACAACCUAUGCAGGAAGUGUGCCAACGACGUGUUCCAGGCAGCGAACCCGUACUACUCCUCACGGGGCACCAACAUCACAGGGGGUCGCUUCCGCUGCCCGUCCUGCCGACACGAGGUGGUCCUGGACCGGCACGGCGUCUACGGGCUGCAGCGCAACCUGCUGGUGGAGAACAUCAUCGACAUCUACAAGCAGGAGAGCAGCAGCAGCCCCCAGCCCGUGAAGGUGAAGGUGCAGCAGCCCAAGUGUGUGGAGCAUGAAGACGAGAAGAUCAACAUCUACUGCAUCACCUGCGAGGUGCCCACGUGCUCCAUGUGCAAGGUGUUUGGGGCCCACAAGGACUGCGAGGUGUCUCCUCUGCACUCCGUCUACCAGAAGCAGAAGACGGAGCUGAGCGACAGCAUCGCCGCCAUGGUGGCCGGGAACGAGCACAUCCAGGCCAUCAUCACGCAGAUGGAGAGCACCAGCAGGAGCAUCGAGGAGAACGGUCAGCACCAGAAGCUGUUGCUGAGCCAGAAGUUUGAUGGCCUGUAUGCGGCGCUCGAGGAGCGGAAGGCGGAGCUGCUGGCACGAAUCUCUGCGGAGCAGGACUCGAGGACGGCGCAGGUGCGAGAGCUUGUCCAGAGCUACCGGCAGCGGCUGGAGAGCAACUCGGCCCUCGUGCAGAACGCCAUCUCCUCCAUGGACGAGCCGGGCGAGGCCAACUUCCUGCUGAUGGCCAAGCAGCUGCUCCGAGACCUGUCCGGCGCGGUGCAUCUCCUUCCCAUGGAGCGCAUGGAGCCAGGGUUCGAGGACAUGGAACAGUUCACCCUGGACACGGAACACGUGGAGGAGCUGCUGCGGGUCAUCGACUUCGGUGUGGAGGACGAAGAAGACGGUGAGGACGAGGAGGAGAACGAGGGGGGAGAUGAGGAUGGCGACGAGGAGAGAGAACCUGGACAACGGGAAAGAUUAGCAACGUCAAGCGGCAGCAGUGGAGUCGGCACUGAGAAGAGCCAACGUGUCCAGGACUGAUGGUGCAAAACAGGAAGUGAUGCGAGCCACGAUGAUUAGACGGCAGGAAAUGAGGACGAGGGCACGGGUCUGCCGACGACUCGGGUCUCGCGCUCCUUGAGGCGGCGUGAGCUGGAAGCGCACGUUCACACACGUCCCCUUCGUGCCAAUGGUUUCUUUAGAUGAGAACGGGGCACUUCCUGGCAAACGGCGCCCCCGGUGGCCGGUGCUGUGAAGUGCCUCCACAACUGUCAUGAGCGCCAAGUUCCCUCUUGAAACUCGCAUAGUAAACGGCGCAAACUUGGAUUUGUACUUUUGACUUUGUACUUUUUAACGUUGUUUAUGCAGAUGAUGAUGAUGAUGAUCAAUAACUCUGCUUUUCCUCCACGUGCUGGAUUGUUCUGCAAACGGACGGACUUUGAGAUGCCGCGUAGCGGACGGGCCCAAGACCUGCUCCUGCACGAGUUCCCGCCGCUUGGUUUGUGAGCUGCUGUAAUAUUGCCCAGGGUUCGAGUGAGAGGCGCGGCUGUUCGGGGAGGGAGAGCACCAGCGCAAACGCACGUGACAAUAAAGUGUUUGUGUUCAGG